AUGGAGAAGCGGGGUCGGGGCGCGAAGGCGCCCGCAGUGCAGGCCCCUCAGCAGCCGUCGGUGAUGCCUCGCAAAGAGAGGAGGCCUAGCAUGUUCGAGAAGGAGGCAUACGCACAGAUUUUAAGAGAUAGACUGAGAGAAUCGAUUCAUGACGUCCAGUACGUAGAGCCGCCAUUCGAUGACUCAAUUGCUGAUCUAGGUAAAGAAUGGAAGAGUGCCCUGGCAAAACUAAAGUUUGCUAAUUCAUAUAGAAUGGAGCCCUUGAAAAAAUUCCAGGCUCAUUCAGUAGAAACAAAAGUCCAGCAGAUACUAACGGAAACUCUUCAAGAUUUCAAAUAUGACGACAAAGUCUUUUCUCAUUUGUCACUUGAGUUAGCAGACCGAAUACUGUCAUCAGUCAAAGAAUUUGGGUACCACCGUUAUAAGUUCAUUAUAAAAGUAUUAUUUAUUCAAAAGACGGGUCAGGCAAUCAAUAUUGCCAGCAGAUGGAUCUGGGAUGUGGCGUGGGACAGCUGGGUUUCCGCGAAGCAUGAGGCUGAAACUUACGUGGCGUUGGUCUUAGUAUUUGCUCUCUACUGUGAAUAG